AUGCCUCUCAAUGCUGCCUUCGAAGAGGCAAUCCGUAUCACCCCACAAGGUGCCAACAAGUACAGCGCCCAUCUCCGCCCGGAAUGGUGCAUUGGAACCGUUCCACACGGCGGCUACACAUCAGCAGUGAUAUACAAGUUAGCCCUAACGCACUUCGAACACGCCCACCCAAACCAAUACUCCACCCCCGCCUCCCCAAUCUCCAUCCAACUCUCCUUCCUCCGCCGCACAGCCUCGGGCCCCGCAACCCUCGAAGUCGAAGACGUCAAGCUCGGCGCCCGCACCAGCACAAUCCACAUCAAACUCCUCCAACCCUCAGAAAAGCACCCCGACAAACCCGAGAUCAAAGUCGCAGGCUACAUAACCGUGAGCCCCCCAGACGCCGAGGUCGGAAUCAGCGUCCCGACAGGCUGGAAAGCGCACCCGGCCCCAGUGCCCGGCUCGCUCCCGAACGGGCAGAUAGAUUUCGCGCAGCUCGGGGCGACAGGCAAAGAUGGGGCGUGGGUGAAGACCGAGCCGCCGUAUCCUGAGUUCCGGCGCGCGGCGACGCAGCUGGAGCUGUAUGGGCCUGGGAAGGGGGAGACGCAGCAGCAGCGGAGUGGGACGAUGGCUAUUGAUCAGUGGGCGCGGUUUAGGCCUUGUGGGGAUUUGGAUGGGAGGUGGACUGAUGCGGCGGUUGUGUAUCUGCUUGAUAUGUUUCCCAUGGCGCUGGAUGGGUUUGAUAGUGUUUCGGCGAAUGCGGUUGCGAAGGAGACGGGGGGUAAUGCUGCUGAUUUGAAGGCUAAGUUUUGGUAUCCGACUGUCACGUUGAAUAUUGAUAUGAAGAAGCAUUUACCUGCUGGUGGGGUUGAGUGGCUUUAUAGUCGGAUUGUGACAAAGGUUGUUCGAGAUGGGAGGACUGAUUUAGAUGUGACUGUUUUAGAUCAGGAUGGAGAAGUUGUUGCGUUGGGGACGCAGGUUGGGUUGGUGGUUAGUGCGAGUCGAAAUUUGGGGAGUCGGAAGUUGCAGAAGCUGUAG